UGCGGGUCAAAACAAACAAGUUUGGCGUAGCGGCACCGGCUGGAGGCGGCUCGCAGUGGGCGGCUCGCGCGCACUUAAAGAGGGACGUUCACGAGGGACGUGGAAAAGCGGGCGUCGCUGCGGAAUCCGCUCCUUGUUCUGGGCUCUGCUCGCUGCUCGACUCGAGGUGUCACGAUGGUGGAGGCCGGCGGCGGAGAGCAGCGCUGUCGCUCCUCUCUCUGCCUCUUCUUCAUCCUGGCCCUGACGACCAGGCUGGUCGUGGCGCAGGACGGGGGUGGUGCGGUCGGAGGGCCGCACGCGGCUCCCGGGGCCCCCAGCGCGGUGGCUCUGUCGGAUUCGGACCCCGGACUGCUGAGAGCGCUGAGGUUCGCAGAAGGACAGUACAACGUGGGCUCCGGCGGGGUGUACCUGAGGAGGGUCACCAGGGUCAUAUCCGCUAGUCGGCAGCUGGUAAAAGGCAUGAAGUACAGCAUCGUGGCGGAGCUGGGAAACACCCUGUGUAAGAAGUCGACCUCGGCUGACCCCACCACGUGCGAGUUCCACGCAGAAGCCGCUAGACUGAAGGCGGAGGUGUGCGCGUUCGAGAUCUGGGACAUCCCCUGGCUGAGCAAGUCCACGCUCCUCAAGCAGAAGUGUCAGCCCACAGGGAGCAACAGGACCGACCCGGGGGCUCCCUCCCCCGACGCUCACGAACAGGAAUCUGUGGAUCUGUUGUCCGCGUUCAAAGAGUUUGUGACCAAAUACAACCGCAGCUAUAGCGGCCAAGAGGAAGCGGACAGGCGGUUUCGAAUUUUUCGAAAGAACGCGCAGACGGCACGGACGCUGCAGUCUCUCGACCAAGGAUCCGCGGAGUACGGGGUCACCAAGUUCAGCGACCUCACCGAGGAGGAGUUUCGUUCGCUGUACCUGAACCCCCUCCUGAGCCAGCGGAACCUCCAGCGUCCCAUGAAGGCCGCGUCUCCGGCUCGCGCCCCCGCGCCACCCACCUGGGACUGGCGGGAGCACGGAGCUGUCGGUCCGGUCAAGGACCAGGGCAUGUGUGGGUCGUGCUGGGCCUUCUCAGUCAUCGGGAAUAUAGAGGGUCAGUGGUUUCUCAAGAAAGGCAGUCUGCUGUCUCUCUCAGAGCAAGAACUGGUGGACUGUGACCGUCUGGACCAGGCAUGUGGGGGUGGUCUUCCUUCAAAUGCUUACGAGGCCAUCGAGAAGCUGGGAGGCCUUGAGACCGAGACAGACUACCGCUACACAGGACACAAGCAGAGCUGCGGGUUCUCCUCGGGGAAAGUUGUGGCCUAUAUCAACAGCUCCGUGGAGUUAUCCAGGGAUGAGAACGAGAUCGCCGCGUGGCUGGCGGAAAACGGACCGGUUUCGGUGGCUCUCAACGCCUUUGCGAUGCAGUUCUACCGCAGAGGAGUGUCCCGACCCCUCAAGAUCUUCUGCAAUCCCUGGAUGAUCGACCACGCCGUGCUGCUUGUGGGAUACGGCGAACGCAAUGGGAUUCCUUUCUGGGCCAUUAAAAACAGCUGGGGUGAAGACUACGGAGAGCAGGGUUAUUACUACCUGUACAGAGGAUCCAGGUUGUGCGGGAUAAACAAGAUGUGCUCGUCAGCUAUGGUGAACUAAACGUUUAUUCGCUGUAAUGUAAGAUCCCGUAGGUCAAGUAGUAUGAAUCUGAGGACUUUGUGACAAGAGUGAAAGCAACCUUUCAGACAACUUCACCAAAGUUAGUACACAUGCAUUCUUCCUCAAUUAAGUGAUCACAAGGAUUCAUGAAUUAGAAAAAAAUCUAUUGUAGAAAAGUUUGUGCUCCAGUACCGUAAUUUUUAGUUAAGAGUAGCUGGGAGAUAAAAUUUAGAGCAGAUACAGUAAUAACUAUUCUAUUUUCUAAAUUCAUUAGCACAAUAGAAGUUGUAGUGUUUUUUUUUUGUAUUAGCAAAUCCCAACAAGAUUAAUAUAAUUAGUUUAUUUAAUAUAAAGGGAUUAUAGAGUGGUUCUUGUGUGUAACACUGGUUUUAAUAUCUGGACCCUGUUCUGUUACCUGAGUAGCUGUACACUAGAGUGUUUUCCAAGAUCAUUUCAGCUUCUGUCCUGCUGUAAUGUGCAUUUUCUAUGUAAAAUGUUUUUUUCUGUGGAGUUUGAACCAAAAACUACUGAACAUUAACUAAUUUUCUGUAUAGAACAUAAAAUAACAUUUGCUGAGGUUAAGGGAUAUAUUUAAGGGUUCAUACCUAAGAGACAAAAUAAAAAUGUAUUUCUCAAAAUAAUGCAAUAAAACUUGAUGUUACCAGU